AUGGCUGUUGGAAUUACUGGAGUGCUCCUUUUGGCUUUAUUUCUGUUCGUAGCGACCUUUGCCAUUGGAUGGUUACCGUCGUACUACGUAGGCAAUGGUGUGGCCAAGCAAGACAAUUAUAUAGCUAUACUGUCUCAGUUUGGGGUUGGAAUGCUACUGGGUACUUCAUUCAUGCUAGUGAUACCAGAAGGUGUUACUGCUUGCACGGAACACGGUGGAAACGUAGGACUGAACUUGCUUAUUGGGUUUCUGGUGGUUUAUAUCCUUGAUAGAAUAGUCCAAAUAUUGAUGAGUAAUUCAACAGGAUAUAAUUCAGUCCAGCAAGGUGAAACGACAGAACUAGCUAGCUUUAAGGAUGUUUUAAAGAACCCUAAAAGAAUGAUUACCGCGAUACUUAAGAAUAAUGUUGUCUUUGCACUUGUUGUGCAUGGGCUCUCCGAUGGGAUCGCCCUGGGUACCACAACGAACAAUGAAUCUCUUUUAAUUGUGGUCCUUAUUGCGAUUGUGAUUCACAAGAUACCGGCUGUCCUGUCCCUGACAAGCUUGAUGAUCUCAAAACAGCGUCUGCCGAAAUGGGAAGUCCUGUCGAAUCUCUUCGCCUUUGCACUUUCUACACCCUUGGGCUAUAUUGUAGUAUCGGCUUUCAACUUAAGACAUUCGGAGACUAUGGACUGGUUUAGCGGUAAUUUAUUGCUUAUGAGCGGAGGGAGUCUUCUAUACGCCUCCUUCACCGCUUUCACAAGUGGAGAUUCGCACGAUCAUAGUUCUAUGGAGGACAAUGUCGAAGGUGGGUACUUCAGAGAGGGCAGUAAUUUUGUAAUGGUCGAACAACCGAUUCUUGAAGAAGGCAACACGACCACUAACAAAAAUAAUAAUCUGAACGUUGACUUCGCGAACGUUACAGCAGUCACACCUCCAUUGCCGAAUACCAAACCUGAUGAAAAGCUAAGCUCGUCUCAAGAAUUGAUGUACGUUCUGCUGGGAGUUGCUGUUCCCACCGCGAUAUCAUUUUUCAUUACUGAAGGUUAA